GACUCUGGUCUUUAGACCCCACCGGUUUCCUCUCAUUCCCGCUCUUCCUUUUCAGGCUCUCAGGGGGUGGAGUUGGAAUGGCUACGCCAUUGUUGCCAAGGUGAUGUCUUGGUUACUUCCGUUGAUUUCAAUGCUUCCGGGUUGGCGUUGCAGUGGCGUUUCCGACUGUGGGAGCCUCUGCUUCCCAGUCGUCUGAUGAGCCGGAGCAGCUCAGUCCCUUCCCUGUCUCUCACUCUCCUGGCUUCGGUGGCUUUACUUCUUCGAUUGAGCCCUGCUUCCUCGACCCCCCUGGGAGGCCGCCUCCUUCAGGCGCCUCCCUUCUCUCUGCGAACUCGCUCUGACAGCUGAGGAAUUGGCAAGAUCCGGCUAUCCAGAGGGUGAAUGGGUAUCUUUCCCGGAAUAAUCCUAAUUUUUCUAAGGGUGAAGUUUGCAACGGCGGCUGUGAUUGUAAGCGGACACCAGGAAAGUUCCACUUUAAGCCAUGAGAUGUCUGGUCUGAAUUGGAAACCUUUUGUGUAUGGCGGCCUUGCCUCUAUUGUUGCCGAGUUUGGCACUUUCCCUGUGGAUCUUACUAAAACACGGCUUCAAGUCCAAGGUCAGAGCAUCGAUGUUCGUUUCAAAGAAAUAAAAUACAGAGGAAUGUUUCAUGCCUUGUUUCGAAUCUAUAAAGAAGAAGGUAUCUUGGCUCUGUAUUCAGGAAUUGCUCCUGCUUUACUAAGACAGGCUUCAUAUGGCACGAUUAAAAUUGGGAUUUACCAAAGCUUGAAGCGUUUGUUUGUAGAACGUUUGGAAGAUGAAACUCUCCUAAUUAAUAUGAUCUGUGGAGUAGUGUCAGGAGUGAUUUCAUCUACUAUAGCCAAUCCCACUGAUGUUCUAAAGAUUCGCAUGCAGGCUCAAGGAAGUCUGUUCCAAGGAAGCAUGAUUGGCAGUUUCAUUGAUAUAUACCAGCAAGAGGGCACCAGGGGCCUAUGGAGAGGUGUAGUCCCUACUGCUCAGCGUGCUGCCAUCGUUGUUGGAGUAGAGUUGCCAGUUUAUGAUAUUACCAAGAAGCACCUGAUACUGUCAGGAAUGAUGGGAGACACAAUUUUAACACACUUUGUUUCCAGCUUUACAUGUGGCUUGGCUGGGGCUCUGGCAUCCAAUCCAGUUGAUGUGGUGAGAACUCGCAUGAUGAAUCAGAGGGCAAUAGUGGGACAUGUGGACCUCUACAAGGGUACUUUGGAUGGUAUUUUAAAGAUGUGGAAACAUGAAGGCUUUUUUGCACUCUAUAAGGGAUUUUGGCCGAACUGGCUUCGACUUGGACCCUGGAACAUCAUUUUUUUUAUUACGUAUGAGCAACUCAAGAGGCUUCAAAUCUAAGAAAGUCUGAAAAUCUGUGAGUCCAGUCCUGCCAGCCUUUCUACUGUUUUCCUUCUUUGUGUUCCUAAUGUAUUUUGACAAAGUUGUGUUUACAGAACCAGUGGUCUCCCAAGGGCCUUCAACUUGAAGAACAGUAGGAUGGCUUAAUGAUGUUUCUGCAUUUGUGCUACCAUGUUAUCUCUUCCCUGAGAGGAAGUAUUCACAUUGAGAGUGUGGCCCCAGAUUGGUGUCUUCUGUGAAGAUGGAUACUGAUGAGUGACAUUCAGAAAGGCCUUCUUUCCAAAUGUGGGUUAAAUAUAGUUGGUUAUUCCCAGACAGGCUACAGCAGAAGGUAUAGGCCGGCCUACUUACUGCUAUGUAUGGUAUUGACCUUGGUUCUCAUUAAAGUAUUUAUUGGCUGAAUAA